GGUCUUUCCAUAUACCCCGUGAUAUCCCAAACAACAUAACAAAGUGGGGGAACAUGGCGAGUGGAGAGGAGGCUAGAAGACACCCCUCGGUUACCUCCUCUUCGGUUGGUCUGGAGUCUCUGUUCCCUGCCGGGACUUCGGACGAGGUUUGCGGGGACGGAAACCCUGAGCUCGUCCGCCUGCGGGAGUGUCUCCAGGGUUGGCUAUCGCAGUAUGAGCCCCUACUGCUAUGGGUGCAGAGGCUGUUGGUCUGGGAGAGGCCGUUGUACAGCAUCUGUGUCGCCCUGACACUCAACACAUUAUUCUGGUUCCUGUCGUCCACCGCCCUGCGGCCUCUGUUCCUGUUGAGUGUGUCCCUGCUGGGACUGAUGCUACUGGAGAGAUGGAAGCCCAAGUUGCCCAUCAUUACUGUUCAACAUGCUCCCCCUGUACAAAGCGACUCAAUGAAUGUGGAGCAGCAUCUGCUCAGUAUACCUGAGCUCAGCCACCACCUGGCUGAAAGCUACCUGACCUACCGUCUGUACCUGCAGGAGACGCUGCAGUACAAACGACAGAACCAUGGCAAGUUCUGUGUGAUGAUGUGCAGUGGCUGUUUUGUACUUGCUGCGCUUGGACAUUAUGUACCAGGAAUCAUGAUCUCCUAUAUUAUUGUCCUGAGCGUGCUGUUGUGGCCGCUGGUGGUGUACCACGAACUGAUCCAGAGGAUGUACACGGGCUUGGAGCCGAUCCUGAUGAAACUGGACUACAGCAUGAAGGGAGAAACCGAGCACCGCAAGCACGACAAGAGGAAGGUGAAAAAGGAGGUCAAGGAUGGGGACGAGCCAAGAGCUGAAACGGAGAGUGAAAGUGAGGAGGAGCUGUCCUGUUUCGCCACGACGGUGGAUGUGAAGACCACAGCUCUGGCGAUGGCCAUCACAGACUCCGAGUUGUCAGAUGAGGAGGCAUCUAUCUUGGAGAGUGGCGGGUUCUCAGUGUCUCGAGCCACCACUCCUCAACUCACUGACGUCUCUGAAGACCAGAGUUUACACAGCGACCCAGAGGAGGCCUACCUGCGGGAUCUCCCUGAGUUCCCAUCAGUUGAGGAGUUCCCAUCCAUCGAACACAACCUGCUCCACUUCCCACUGCGAGGCCCCGGUCAGGGUGACGGAGCCCAGGCUGGUGCUCAAUCAGAGGGGGAACCGUUGAGCCCCGCCAGCCUCCUUAUCCAGCACCUAGCAUCUCCGCUCCACUUUGUGAACACACACUUCAACGGAUAUGGACGACCACCUGGGGGCGCGGAGGGCGUGUUGCCUGUGCCAGCCGCCGGGGAGGAAGCGGGGAGAGAAGGAAGAAGAGAAGAGAAGGAAGAUGCAGUAACCCAUGAAACACAACAGUCCUUGGAGGCCUUGAGCGAGGAGAUAGUGAGCACAGCCAUCUCCACUGUGGUGCAAAAUACUCUGUCAGCCCUGCUGCGCUCCAGCGAGGCCAGCGAGGAUCCCUCCCUGGCUGAGUUCCUUCCUACUGAAACCCCGCCAGACGCUCUGGAGACGUCCACCCCGCCCACCGACACCACUGCUAUCACUACAGUAGGAGGGCUGGCGGCCGACGAGGACCUGGAUGAGGCGACUACGACUGAAAGCGGCACCGUCGAGGAAAUGCCUGACGACACACUUGUUCCCACCGAGGAAGAGGACUUUGAGCUUCUGGACCAAAGUGAACUGGAGCAGUUUGAUGAAGGGCUGGACCUCAUCUCUGACAGACAGGCGGUGGGAGGAGCCUCAGGAGAGACACCUCCGUCUCCUCAGCAUCAAUCACAGUCAUAGCUUCCCUGUUGCCUGCCCCCAACUCUUUUGUUUUUAUUUGUACGUUAGACCUACAUUAUAUCAUACAUACUGCUAUAUACGAAACAUUUAUCAAAGAGUUUGGCGUUUAACACUGUUAGUUGCUGAUUUGUGUGGCAUAUGGUUGAGAUUACUCGGUGCGUUCUGCUUUCGGAGCCUCUCAUCACAAGGGUCUGUUCAGCCUCGGUUCAAUUUGCAGUAGAGUUUUUUUUUUUUGAGGCCGGAUAGCAUCAUGUUCAGGGCAGAACAGGCUUAGAUGAACAGUUAUAGAGACAUCACGACUGUCUGGUUGCAAAGCGUUUUAUAUCUAGGUUUGCUUGAUUAUCUAACAUUGAGAUUUGCUUGAUAAAUGAGCAAAUGUCUUCCUGCGUAGUGAGAAACCUGCCCAUGUUCAGUCUCAUGUCCAAACGAUGAGGCCUUUAUUUUCUACCUUGGCUAAGAACAUAACCAUUCCACCUCGUUUUCGUUCAGAUGUUUAUCUAGAUGGGGUUAUGAAGAGUUGAAAUGUUGGAUUAUAUAACUAAUAAUAUAUGCUAUAAAUUAUUUUAUUUAAGUCAGUCAAUGAAACUUUAUUGAUAAACUGAGGGGGAGUUUAAAAAUAAAUGUGAGCCCCUAAAUUGCCCAUAAUGAUUGUAUGAUAAUUGUUUUAAUGUUGACACCAUGGGUGUAAAAUGUAGUAGCGUAUUCCCAGAGUUAGACUUAGUAAAGCGAUAGUCUUCCCCUUUAUUCUCACCUCCAAAGUCUCCAAGGUUAGAUUUUUGACGGAAGCGUUCAGUCAUUAGUGGUCUUUCACUUGUUGCCUGGAAAUGGAAAAAUUAAUCUUUGACAUUGUUGGAUGUUGACAAGUAGUAGCUCUUUACCCGUACACAUAAGUGACUUUGUGGCAAGAUAAAAGAAAUGUUCCUGAAUUUCCUCUUGUGAUUAAUUUUAAUGAAUAGAAUUUAAUUUUGCACAUCUGUAAUUGGCCCAUAUGUAAGUGAAACAACUCUAUUGAAAGACACAAGCUUGUUGUCUAUACCCAACUAUUUGUUACAUGUAUAGACGUCACUGGGAUAUGUAUAUUUACCAAAUAACCUCCUUUGUGCCACGAGUCCAUGCAUGCCAUGCAUCACGCAUGUAUUUACCAUGAUCAAUAUUUGAGGUCAAUUUUCAAAGGAGUGUUACUUUGAUUGGAGCAGAGUUUGUUUGUUUUUGGAGCGACAUAAUGGUUUAAAACGUUCGACAUGACGCAAAGAGAUCUAGCACUAUGCUCGACCGCAUACAGAGGCCGGUUUUGCUUUUUGUAAACCACUCAGCAUCCAAAUCUCAGGGGUGGGUUGUACAAAUUGAAUAUAACAUUGCAGAAUAUGUGUCCAUUUCCCAACCUGUUGUAGUGCACUGUAUUUGUACUAACCUGCCCUUUAUUUUUCGGUCAAUGCCUCCUUGUGUAUAGUGUAGAAAUGCUAAUAAGGAACGUGUAUAUUCUGCAUGUAAAAACAGCGCUCUGUUCAAGUUCUCCUUGUCAACUGACAAAGUACUGCACAAUUUGUGAGGGAAAAAAAAAUCUAUUUGAAUGUUUCAGGUUAAAAGAGUCCAUUAAAUUCAGUUUGUUUAUUAUUUAAUUACCAACGAGGGGAAGGAAGGUUUUGAUGAGUCAUCCUUUUUGAAGUGUAAAGGAGUGGCAAGUAAUAACAUCAGAUGUAGAGAAGGAUAUUAACAGACUAGUUUGUGUAUGGUAGUAGUGAGUUUUAUGCUUAAAAUAUUGCUUCUUGAACUAUAAAAAAGGCACUUAUUGAACUGUACAAUUUUAAAAAAAGGAAUAUAUUUUCUAAUUUCUCCUUUUUCCAUAAAGUACUCAGUUUGAUCUUUUACAUCUAAAAAUAUAACGGCGGAGGACGAGUUUCACUUUUCAGCGGAAAAGAUUUAUUGUCAUUAAACUGGUAAAAUAAAACUGCAACACCACAUGUGGAAGUAUGAGAAUAAAAGAACAAACUGAAACAAC